AAGAAAGACAAGAACUGAAAAAGAAAAAGAAAGAUCAAAGUGGUUAAGACGGGCUUCAGUUGUUAUUGCUUUUUGCUUCUUUUUCUUCUCUCUUCUUCAGUUUCGGCGUGCUGAAGAAAACGCUUGAGUGAUAGAUGGAUAGAUAGAUAGAUAGGGAUCGUUUAAGGACAAACCGUACAACUCUCAUGCCGGAUUUCUACGGCGGAAUCCUUCUUUCCUCGGACGGUGAUUCGCCGUCGCAGAUACUUUUUAUUGGAGAAUGACAUUAGUUAGAUCUCUGAUGAAAGACGGAGGAUAGUUUUUCGAGUUUUUUUCUAUUUGAUUUGUGUUUUCUUUUUUUUUGGGAAUUUUAGAUUUAAGCUUUGUCGGAGAAUCAGAGAUGAAGGCGUUACGGCGAAGCCACACUUCAACGUCUUCGUCGGCAAAUUCAUCUUCCACUUCGUUACCAUCUACCACUUCUACUUCACCUCCUUCUUCUAAUUCUUCGUCUUCUUCUUCUUCAUCUUCAUCGUCGUGGAUCCAUAUCCGAUCGGUUCUAUUUGUGGCUAAUCCUUCAUCAUCUCCAUCUUCUGUUACUUCUUCCGAUCGAAGCCGGCGGAAAUCACCGUGGUCUCGCCGGAAAAGAAAACGGCCAUUGACGCCGCAUCAGUGGAGGAGUUUAUUUACGCCGGAAGGAAAACUCCGUGAUGGCGGAGUUGGGUUUCUUAAGAGAGUUAGAAGCAGAGGUGUUGAUCCAAGUAUUCGUGCACAAGUGUGGCUCUUCUUGCUCGGAGUGUAUGAUUUGAAUAGUACUAGUGAAGAAAGGGAAGCUGUUAAAACUCAAAGAAGGAAUGAGUAUGAGAAACUUCAGAGACGGUGCAAGAUGCUUCUCAAGCGCGGCAAUGGAAGUAGCGAUAAUCUUGAGGAAAUGGACGCAGAAGAUCAGUGUGUUAGAUUCAUGGAUGAUUACAAGACUACAAGACAAAUAACAAACCAAGAUGUGGUGGUCUCUGCUGCGAACACUGAUUCUUCUGAUACAGACUCUUGUGAAGACGAUGAAGAUGUUCAGCUGCUUCCUUCUUUUGUGUACAGUGAUGAAACCAAACCUGAGGAGGAGACCAAUAAUAAUUCUGAAGGGAGUAGUUCCCCUCCUAUAGAGUUCCAAGUACAAGUUACUGUACACGAAGAUUUCUCCACAUGGCAACGUAUCAUCCGUCUUGACGCUUUACGUGCUGAUUCAGACUGGGCUAAUUACUCUCUAUCUUCCACCACAAUCACAGAAACCAAAGCUCGCGGUUUAGCUGACUCCGUCGCUUUAAAAGACUAUGACCACUUAGAAACCUGCAGGCUUUACCACGCUGCACGUCUCGUUGCUAUCCUCGAAGCCUACGCUCUCUACGAUCCCGAGAUAGGCUACUGCCAAGGAAUGAGCGAUCUCUUAUCACCCAUCCUCGCUGUCAUCUCAGAGGACCACGAGGCCUUCUGGUGCUUCGUUGGUUUCAUGAAGAAAGCAAGGCACAACUUCAGGCUAGACGAAGCAGGGAUCCAGAGACAGCUUCGCAUUAUAUCAAAGAUCAUCAAAUCCAAAGACUCUCAGCUUUACAAACACUUGGAGAAUCUCCAGGCAGAGGAUUGUAGUUUCGUCUACAGGAUGGUUCUUGUUAUGUUUAGGAGGGAGUUGAGUUUUGAACAGACGCUUUGUCUUUGGGAAGUGAUGUGGGCUGACCAAGCCGCCAUUAGAGCUGGCGUUGGGAAGUCGCCGUGGAGUAGGAUACGGCACCACGCGCCUCCUACGGAUGAUCUGUUGCUUUAUGCGAUCGCGGCGUUGGUGCUGCGUAGGAAGCUGAUCAUACAGAGGUAUAGUAGUAUGGAUGAGAUUGUGGAAGAGUGUAAUAGCAUGGCUGGUCAGCUUGAUGUAUGGAAGCUUCUUGAUGAUGCACAUCAUCUUGUGGUGACACUUCAUGAUAAGAUUGAAACUCUUUCUUCUCAGUCUCUCAGUGUUUGAUGAAAGCGUAAAGCCAGAAAUGAAGUGUUACUACAAAAGAAAACCUUUUGCACUCGUCUGGCUCCGUUUUGAUAAGGUUUUAAGGUUUGGUUCUUACCGUUUUACUUGUUCCUCAGCUUUUCUUUCUUUUUGUUUACCUCAUCAUCACACAUACAACAACACUAUACUAUAUAUUAUAUCUAUCAAGUUUAUUAUAGUACUAAUGAAAAGAACAAGACAUUACCCUGUUGAAGAAACAUGUAAGGGAUGAGUCUGAAAUUACGGGUUUUUUUUCCACAAUUGUAUGGAAUAUGGAUCAUAUAAGUUCAGUUAUA